CAAUAGAGAAAGCUUCUACGUAUUUGUUUUUUUUUUAUUUUCUUUUUCCUCCAAAAAACUAUUUCCUAAAUUUAUCAAUCUCAUAAUAAUAAUGUUUAGUCCUACUCGUUCGUAAACAAAACGAAAAUACAAAAAAAAAAUGAAAUGGUUUUUUUAGUUUUAUGAUCCGAUCCCUUCUCUACCUCACGGAGGGGAAGAGAUUCCGAUUCCGAUUCCGAUUCCAGUUCAAAUAUCUCUCCGUCUCUCUCUCAGCUUUCAGUUUCCGAGAGUCGAAAAUUCUCCAGAUCUCUUGGAUAAACUCGAUUCUGAUUCGGUCUAGAGACGGAGAGAGAAGGGGCAGUUGAUUGAUUGGGGAAGAAGACGAAGGCGGCGACUUGUAAAAAUGAUUACCAUCCCUUACCUCACCGCUGUAUCCACCUACUUCAGCUACGGAUUGCUCUUUGCCUUUGGCCAGCUCCGUGAUUUCUUCCGUCGUUUCAUCGAUUGGUGGCUCGCUAGCAAUCUCCAGGGAUACGCGCCUAUCUGUCUGGGGCAUGAGGAUUUCUAUAUCAGGCGAUUGUAUCAUCGGAUUCAGGAUUGUUUUGAACGACCCAUAUCGAGUGCACCUGAUGCCUGGUUCGAUGUGGUCGAACGAUACUCCAACGAUAACAACAAGACGCUUAAGCGAACAAGAAAGACUAGCAGGUGCCUCAAUUUGGGUUCCUACAAUUAUCUUGGGUUUGGUUCUUUUGAUGAAUACUGCACGCCUCGUGUUAUUGAGUCCUUGAAGAGAUUUUCAGCAAGUACAUGCAGCUCCCGUGUUGAUGCAGGAACUACAUCUGUGCAUGCAGAACUUGAGGAAUGUGUUACUAGGUUUGUGGGAAAGCCUGCUGCUGUUGUUUUUGGCAUGGGCUAUGCAACAAACUCGGCUAUCAUCCCGGUCUUGAUCGGAAAGGGAGGGUUGAUAAUAAGUGAUUCUUUGAACCAUAGCUCGAUUGUCAAUGGUGCUAGAGGUUCAGGAGCCACUAUCCGUGUUUUCCAGCAUAAUACACCUUCACAUUUGGAACGUGUUUUGAGGGAACAAAUUGCAGAAGGACAACAUAGGACACAUCGACCAUGGAAGAAAAUUAUUGUUGUUGUUGAAGGUAUUUACAGCAUGGAAGGGGAGAUUUGUCAACUGCCUGAAAUUGUUGCGAUUUGCAAGAAGUAUAAGGCAUAUGUUUACUUGGACGAGGCUCACAGCAUUGGGGCUAUUGGUAAAUCAGGAAAGGGUGUUUGUGAACUCCUGGGAGUUGACACAGCUGAUGUGGAUGUAAUGAUGGGAACCUUCACUAAAUCUUUUGGGUCCUGUGGUGGCUAUAUUGCUGGAUCUAAGGAGCUUAUCCAAUAUUUAAAGCAUCAAUGUCCAGCUCACCUUUACGCUACAUCCAUACCAACUCCUUCUGCGCAACAAAUUAUAUCUGCCAUUAAAGUUAUUCUUGGAGAGGACGGUUCAAACCGAGGGGCACAAAAGCUAGCAAGAAUACGCGAGAACAGCAACUUUUUCCGUGCUGAGCUGCAGAAGAUGGGAUUUGAGGUACUUGGAGACAAUGAUUCUCCAGUCAUGCCAAUAAUGCUUUACAACCCAGCAAAAAUCCCAUCUUUCUCAAGGGAAUGUCUGCGACAAAAGGUGGCAGUUGUGGUUGUUGGUUUCCCUGCUACACCUCUACUUCUGGCUAGGGCACGUAUUUGCAUAUCCGCAUCUCAUUCAAGAGAAGAUCUUAUAAGAGCCCUCAAGGUUAUAAGCAAAGUAGGUGACCUGAGUGGAACCAAAUAUUUCCCGGCGGAGCCGAAGAAGAUAGAAGAGAAGAAAAAUGACAUGAAGCUGGAAUGAAGCAUGGAAGCAAUGAAAUAAGAGAUGCAUCCUCGAAAAACGCAUGCAAAUGCAAUGCCAAGUACUUCUCUCCAUCUCUCUCUCUCAUUUGAGGCUUUACACGCAUAUCUGAUUUCUCAGGGCUCAAUCCAACCCAGAGUUCGUCCUACUUUCCUCAAGUCUUAAUUUGAAAAAGAUGCUACUGCAUCUAUGCGGCUCUUCUUCAUGUUUUUUUUCUUGGAUUUGUCAAGAGUUUCAACUGUAUAGUAACAAUCUUAUUGAAGAAUGUCGAGAGUUCUUUUAUUUACUCGGAACACAAAACUCUUUGUAUGUUUGAUAUUUUCAUAUUUGUAUUAAACGGUUUUGGAUUAAUGGUCAAUAAGUUCAGAACCAUACGACACCAAAGAAAAGAAAAAAAAAAACAGAGGGAACAACAAUCACAAUGAGCAAAUCCUGCUUCUUCUUCCUCUAAAAUACUACACUACUAACACUACUAUGGCUAAAAUGCUACAUUCAAAACAAAAACAUCAAAAGAUACAAAGAGAAAGAAAUCUUCAGAUAUUGCAGCUUGCAUUGCCAUGGCUGUCACAAAAACGAAACAAACAAAGUGCUCCUCUUAAACCGAUCAAAACUCUGCUGCUCUUCACGAGAACUCUCUCCCGAGCUUCUGUAUUGCACAAUACAUCUUCCUUCUGGAUCCAACAGCAUUGAUCCCCAUAUCCUUGAGAUCCUCCAACGUCAACAAUGGCAACACUUCCUCGUCAACUUCAUGCAUCUCAAACAUUGGCCAAUACCUCCCUAACCCUAACUCCUGCAGCCAUAUCUUCACUCCUUCUCUUCCCCUUCCUCCACUCUGCCAAUCUCCAGACAUCUCAACCUCUCUGAUCCCACUGCUGUUCUCGUACCUUCUCCUAUUCUCAAACGCUUCUCUCUCGUUCCGAUUCUCCUGCGUCUGUUCUUUCAUCGGGCUCUCCGAGUCUUCUCUGCUGAAAUCGCGAAACCCUUCUUCCAAUUCUUCUUCAUCCUCUUCUUCUUCUCCUUCUCCUCCGCUGAAUUUAUCAUCUCCCUGCUCUAAUCCGUCUCUGGACUCUUCGAUUUUCGUAGCCCAAUUUGACCGGACCCGCUUCGCUGAUGCUGUCGUCGUUGUCGUCUCCCCACCCGACGAUUUGACCCAUUUGUUGACCCGCCAAGUCCCGACAGCAAUCGGAUCUUCAUCUAGGGUUCCGGUGUUAUCGUAGCCGGAGCUCAAAUUCGUUAGGGUACGAGUCCUCGACGAGGACUUCCCGCUCUGAUUCGACUCCUUUCUGUUACCCGCGGGCCUCCAUUUCGGCCGCCGCAAGUGAGAAUCGUACGCCACUUGCUGGUACUGGUCGCCGCCGAUGUCUCCUAACCGAACGCUCGGUCUUCUCAAUCGUUUCGAUCCGACGGAUACGCCGGCUGAAACGGCGGCGGAUGUUUCCGGUACCUCGGUGAGGGUUAACGCCGGUGAGAUAAAACCCGGCGGGAUAAAACCACCGUUAGUCUGGUGGCCUUCCACUAACUGCUGCAACUCGGCCAUGGCCAGCGAGACAGAGAAUUGAAGGAGGGAGGCUCGACUCACUUUCUCACUCUGGAACCAUAUCCUACUAACAUGCGCAGAUUCGAGAAGGAGAAGAAGAAAAGGGGAUUUGUUGUCCUUUGUAUUGUAUUAGGUUUUAUCUGGAAGAAUUGGAUUUGAGGAGAGAGAGAGAGAGAAUCGUCUCAGAAUGAGAGACGAAGAGAGAGAGAAGUAAGAGAGUAAGAGAGAAAGAGAUGUCCGAUAGUGGACACGUGUUUGUCGAGAUACAUGUAUGAG